AUGCCGUCUCACGGGGAUCUGGACCGUCAGAUCGAGCAUCUGAUGGAGUGCAAGACGUUGCCGGAGGCGGAGGUGAAGACGUUGUGCGAGCAAGCGAGGGCGAUCCUGGUGGAGGAGUGGAACGUGCAACCGGUCAAGUGCCCGGUUACGGUGUGUGGGGAUAUACACGGCCAGUUCUACGACCUCAUUGAGCUUUUUCGGAUAGGAGGCAACGCUCCUGAUACUAAUUACCUUUUCAUGGGUGAUUAUGUGAUUGACAAUAAAAUUUCUGCCCCCAAGGAAAUCUUGGCCAUAGAGGACAAAAAGACCCAAGACGAUGAGGCACCUCCACGUGAACCAGUAAAAGUGGUAGCACCUGUAGUUGAACCACCUGAUUUGCUAGGUUUGAAUGAUCCUAUUCCAGAUACUGCAGCAUUAGAUGAGAAGAAUGCCAUUGCUUUAGCUAUUGUUCCAGUUUCUGAUCAACCUGCGGCUCAACCUCAAGCAAAUGGAACAGGUUGGGAAUUGGCACUUGUUACAGCCCCAAGCUCAAAUGAGAGUGCUACAGCUGCUAACAAACUGGCGGGAGGGUUGGACUUGCUUACACUAGACAGCCUAUAUGAUGAUGCAAUUAGAAGAAACAAUCAAAAUGUAAGCUACAACCCAUGGGAGCAGGCUCCCAUGAAUGGUGGCAUGAUGCAACAACCAAUUCAUGAUCCCUUUUAUGCAUCCAACACAGUGGCCGCACCACCCUCUGUACAGAUGGCCGCAAUGGCCAACCAGCAGCAAAUGUUGGAAUUUACAGAUGCAAUCCAUCCUGCUGAUGUUGGACUUAAAGAGGAAAAUCCAGAUGAUGAUCGAGGGCUUGGUUUUUUCAGAGACAAUCUAAAUAGAGUUUCUCGAUGGACUCAACCAAUAACAUACUUAAAUUUAUAUGAAGGUGAUAGUUUUACGAUGUGUAUAUUCUGUUUUCCUACUUCCUCAGUCAUUCCACUUCAUGAUCACCCUGGCAUGACUGUUUUUAGCAAAGUUCUAUAUGGUUCUUUGCAUGUGAGAGCUUACGAUUGGGUGGAGCCUUCCCACGAAAGCAAGGGAUCAAAUUACAUUCCAGGUCUGCUUUCUCAUUGAAAUUUCAGCUUUUGCAUGGUUUACGCUUCUUAACAAAUAACUAUUUUCAUAUUGUUCUUAGUUCCUAAACACAAUGUUCUCA